AGGGUUUCCAAGGAGUGCCUGGUGCCUUUGAACUGCCAACCUUUUGGUUAGCAUCCAUAGCACUUAACCACUAUGCCACAAGGGUUUCCAUAUGAGGCAUAAGAAGAAAGCGAAAUAAACUUUAAACGAUAUUGGGGCAAAACUAAUUUUGACAAGCAAGCCUACUACUUGGGAGGAGUAAAUUCCAUGGUUUUAUAGCUAUUAAAAGAUUCUUAUGAGGAAAUACACCUAGGAUGGAAUAUAUAGUAAAUCAUACUCAAUGAUGAAAAUCAAAACGAGUUAUUUAACCAAAUAAGCCAAAUUAUUAAACAAAAUAAUACAAAAAAUAAACUGAUAACUUAAAAACUUCUGAAUACAUGCCACUAACUUCCGGCAAUGUUCAUAAAAUACGCACAAUUAUAAAAAUCUUAAAGACACAUAUAUUCUCUGCUUAGAAGAGGAAGAAACUUAAAAUGCUGGUAAGUCAUUUUUCAAAUAGCCACGACGUUUGCAUUUCCUUUUGUAGGCCUCUCCCUUCAAAUCCGACCGCGCUACUUUCCAGUUGCUCCUUAGGAAAGAGCUGACCUAGCAACAGUGCUGACAGGACCUUCUGCAAGAUUAGAAUGACCUCAGUCUGUUGUUUGCACAAGUAGUGUUUUUUUUUUUUUUCUUAACAAGAAAAGCACUUUUCCUAGUUUGCAUCUAAGUUCUAAAGACAACUUCUCGUUUCAAAAAGCUGAACUUGUAAGGGGAACUUCGGAGCAUUCUUAAAGAACUAACUGGUCCCUAUUUAAAUAUUUUCUGAACAGAGACACAACUCAGAAAUUCUGCGCACGAAAGAAAGUAAACCGGCUCGGCUCAGGGUUAGAGAGCAACGGUUCCAGGCAGAUGCAAGUUCCGAACCUCUCCCACCCCUGAGCCACGGAAACCGAAAUCCAGUCUUCAGAAGUUCGAUGCCAGCAGUCAGCAGCGAGCGCAGACUCGCCCCUUGCAGGAGGCACACGUUCAACUUCACUAGACGCUUGCCACCCCCGCUCAGACGAGGGGGUCGGGGUCGGGGCCGCGGUGAGGGCGCACAGAGCGGCCGGCAGGAGGGCUUCAGGGCACAGCCGCAGGCACGGGGAUGCGCCUGGGCGCGCAGGGCUUCGAGCUCUGCCGGCGCUGGGUUUACUUUCUGCCGUGCCCCUUUCCUGUCCGGUGUCCCCCGCCUCCCCGAGGGCAGACGUCAGCCCGGCCUUCGCCGGUCCCCGGAGCCCCGCGCCAAGAUGGGCUGCGGAGGCGUCGACGUUCCCGGGGACCCCUGCUCUCCCCACCUGGGCCCGCGCCCCCUCAGCCCGGACCUAAUCCGCCUGGGCGAGGUACAGGCUGUACUGAGGCGGAACCGGAAUCCCAGUGGCUCACCCCAGGCAGAGCUGCGGGGCAGGGACGGGAGCCGAGCGCGCCUGCGCUCCCCACGCCAAAGGAAAGGCCCGACGUACCCGCGGAGCCCGAGGAGCCGCCACGGGCCGCGCCUUCUCGCCGUCUCGGGCCGGCCCCCGGAAGCAGCUCCAGCCCUGCCGAGGACAGGGAAGCGAUUUAAGGCAAACGUCCGUGCGGCGGGGGCCCCUUCCUCCCCCGGACGGGAAAACCCCCGGCCGCGGAACGCGCGCAGUCAGUGCCAGGCGGCGGUAGUCCGGGGCGCGCCGCGGCGGCUCUGCCCCGCAGGCUCCGUCAGGUGACCGACGUCGGAGCCGGCUGGAGGCGGGCCCCGGGGUGGGCGCCUAGAUCGUGCCAAACCGGUGCCCCGCGCCCCGUCGGCCUCGGUGGGUGGAAAGCCCCCGGGGCUGGAGGGGCUCGCGGCCGGCGCGCGGCGGGGGGAGGAAAGCCGAAAUGCUAGAGGCGUUUCCGAAGCACAAAGGCAGAUUUGGCUGCCAAAGAGGAGCGAAGCAUGCCAUCAGUGCUUUCUUGGAAAUGGCUAGCAUCCAGUCUUCUCCACAUCACCUGGAAACACACCACCUUUAAACCCCACUCCUGAUUCUUCUCCGUCCUUGGAAGCCAGAAUUUGGCAGGAGAUGCCAACAAAGUCUCAAGUGUCCACCUGAUCCAAGAAGCUCACUCCUCACCAGCAUUCAAGAGAUAAUUUGCUUUUGAAAAUUAGAAUUAUUCAACUCAAACCUUGCUGCUGAGCUUCAUCAUUGGGCCACUCCAGGUCACUAUGGCCAAGCCGACUCAACAGCAUCUAACAACAUUUAUAUAUCAGGUGUCACCUGGCCCUCUUUACCUUGCCAUAUGGGAAUCCGGGUUUGGUGAAAUACUGCAAAAUGCUGAUACUGUAGCUGCUGCCAUUGCUGGAUGCGUAUAUCAAAAUCCAGUAACUGCAAUACCUAUAACACACCUGGGAGCCCUGGUGGUACAGAGUGGUUAAGAGUCCGGCUGCUAAGCAAUAGGUCAAGCAGUUUGAAUCCAUCAGCUGCUCCUUGGAAACCCUAUAGGGCAAUUCUAGUCUGUCCUAUAGGGUCACGAUGAGUUGGAAUCGACUGGACGGCAACAGGUUUGGUUUGGGCUUAUCCCUUCCGUGAGAGGGCAACUCCAGCUUGUAUCUGGGCUAUGAGAAAUCAUCUGCCAUUUUCUGCAAUUUCCCCUCCAAGCUCCUUUCCUUCCUUCUGGAGCACCACCCAGGGGCAGAAGAGUCAAGACGUGCUGCUGAACAAGCAGGUAUACAACUCGUCUCCAGACUGGAAUUACAAGAUCAGUUCACUCAAUACAUAUACGACGGCUACUUUACACAAGAAGAGCCCUGGUGCCGCAGUGGUUAAGUGCCCAGCUGCGAACCAACAGGUCAGCAGUUUGAAUCCACCAGCCGCUCUUCAGAAAUCCUAUGGGGCAGUUCUACUCUGUCCUCUAUGGUCACUAUGAGUCAGAACUGACUCAAUGGCAUUGAGUUUGGUUUGGUUUUUUUUUUUUUUUUUUUUUGGUUUUCUGCAAGAAGGGACCGUUAGAGAUACCAAGAAUACAGCAGCGAACAGCUUUACAUUCAAGCAAGCAGAAACAAACAACAAUAAAAAGUAUAUACAGCAUGACAGAUGGUGGUUAAGUGCCAUAACUGUCACAGCAAUCUUAAACAGGGCAGUCAAAGGCCUCACUUAGGUAACAUCUGAUUAAAGAUGUGAAGAGGUAAGGAAGUGAGCCAAGAGGGUGCCAGAAAAGUGUUCCAGGCUGUGGGAACCUACUGCAAAGGCCCUGGAGUGCACCAGGGGAAGGCUAGUAGGAGAGAGGCCACAGAGCUGACUGGGAGCCAGAACAUACAGGGCCUCAUGGGCCACUUGAAGGACGCUGGCAUUUCCUCUGAAUCAGUUGGGAAGCCACUGAAAGGUUCUAAGCAGGUUUUCUCACGUUUCUGUACAUCCUGCAGGCAGAGGCAUUGACUGCUGUUGUUCUGAACUGUCUUUUCAAGGGCGUUUGUUAAGCAAAAGCCUUGGGAAGUAUAGUGUCUCCCUUUGGAGCAAAAGGCAGACAUGCUCACUGCUCAUUCUAAAAGAUCUGAGUUCCCUAAGCCUAGCGUUCAUUUGUAAUGCAACCCAGGUAUCUACCUAGGUAGCUGGACCUAUUCCAGUUGCCCUCGCAACACCUGGAGGCAGAGGAAGCUGAGGAAAUAUGCUAGUGCUCAUGCUGCUGGCUCGACGGCCGUUCUCAGCUUCAGGUGAAAAAGCGACAGCUCUCCCUCUGGGGGAACUCCAUCCUGCACUCUGCCGCCUGAAGCAGAGCUGCUGACUCAGCGGGGCCCCCGGCUCACUGAGGAUCCUGCUCAAUGCGCAGGCCUAGUCUGCUGACGGUUUGGCUAAGCUGAAACCUAACGGUGUCCGCUGGGCUGCUGCGGCUGUCCAGCUCAGUGCCAGCCGUGCAGAACUAAGAAUGGAUGUGGUCGCUCUGCUCAGUGGGCGGAACUCAGGACUGUUCUGGCCACUCCUCCCCAUGGUGAACCUCGUUAUGUUUUCACAAAUUCUUGGGUUGUCGCCAAAGGCCUAGAUGUUUGGUCUGCCACUUGGGAAACUAUAGGCUGGCAAAUUGAAGACACUUCUCUUUGGGGCUGUGAAAUGUGGAAACAAAUCAGGGCUUCUAAUUAAAUCUCCUGAGUCACUCAGAUAAAGGUCUCUGGUAAAGGCCCUUUCUUUGAUAAGACCAGCUGGAAUUCAGCUGCUGGUCGAGUCUGUACCACCCAGAUGGUCACCAUUACUGUCUGGACUCAUCAUUGUACCGGACACAACAACACUUUCCGCACCACAGAGGGGGCAUAAAGUAAAGGACUGUAUGUUUCCGAUGUAAAGGCUACCACUGCCCACCAGACUUGUGACUCCUGCCAAAAACUGACCUGGCUGUCUCAUGGAGGGGGAGGCCACAUGACACAGGACAUUGCUACUGCCCAGUCCUGGCACAGUGACUAGACUGGACCUUUAACCCCCUCUCCAGGCUACCUACGGUGCUUCACUGCAGAUACAUUUUUAGGUUGCAGUGUUGCUGUUCUAGCCCAACCAGCCAACUCUGGCCACACCACUGUGGCCACUUGAAAAUAAUAUGUAUCAUGCUUCGCUUCUUGUUUUCUUUUACUUUCCAGACCAAAAGAGACUCAACAGUGAGCUAACAGUCAAGUUAUUCAAUGGACCUGUCGCACUUCCUACUAUCCACAGGCAUCUGGUAUUGCUGAGCAUUAGAAGAGCCUCCUCCAAAAUUAACCCUAAAAAUUUCUCAUUCUACCUCUUCUGGUCUACAUACCUUGCUAGGGCACUUUGGUCACUAAGUACAGCUGUCCCCAAAAAGGGAUCUUUUCCUUUCAGUUGCUUCUUGGAUAAUGAUCAGGACCGAAGGGGAGGGAGUGAGUGUGAGAGUGUGCGUGUGUGUGUGUAUUGGGGAAAGAGGCUAUAUAUCCCCAUUCUGAACAUUCAGAAUUCCACCCUGACUAUUCUUGCCCUCAACAGUAAUCCCAGGCCAACCCUGACUGAGACAUGGGUGUCAGCACAGGCAAGAAGGCCAGGUGGAUUCAGACUUAAUUUUGAGUCAGCUGCCUGGUUUCUCUUGCUGGUUUGACAUGGUGGCACAUCAUAAGGAGAACAAGCACCUGGAUGAGUACACUGCUCGCUGAGUCACCCUACAAUGGCCACUCUGGCUUAAGUGGGUGACAUAAUGGGACUCUGUAAGUUUUAUAAAAAUAUGCUCAACCCUCUUUCAUCUGACUCUUUCAGACAAAAAGUCUGAGUAAUAAGAUAACUUCAAAUAUUUAAGGAAACACCACGUAGCCUUCAAGUGACUGUGGCCAUCCUUCCAAAAUGAGUCUACCCUUGGUUACUUGGGUUUCCUUCCCAGAGAGACAGCUAAUUUGUUAUUUAUGCAUAUUUUGCAGGCAAUUAUCCCUGUGAUAGGAUUCAUCCAAUUAGAAGGACUGGGAGGCAUUCAGGUCAACCUCAACUCACAGGCCAGGGUUGUUAUGGAUGAGAAAAUUGUCCUAGACUUUUUCUUUGUGGGCCAAGGUGGAAUUGCUAUGCAAUCAUUCGUACAUCCUGCUCUACCUGGAUUAAUGGCUCUGGCCAAAUAGAAAGAUCAAUACAGAAACCUGACAAGAAAGUCACCUGACUGUUCUAAAAUAGAUCCUGAGGGUCAUACGAUCUGUUCAGCUUGUUUGGUCUGAGACUCUAUGGGGCAUGGUUGAGGUAAACAUUGCAGGGUGGCCUCAUCUUGUUGGUUGAAAUCCUAUUGAUAGGCGCUUAAAUUAAAUGCAGUAUGAGCCAAAUUGAACAGAUCCGGUCCCAACCCUGUUGGUCAGAUUAAUCAAGAAUUGAUGACUGAGUGGUAUAUUUAUGAGAAAAACUACCAUGAGCCAAGACUAUGUAGAAACAAGGGGUGUAUACUGCUGAGACAAUUCUCUAUGGGUUACUUACAUUUCUGAACUUCUUACAAGCAAAAGUACUGACUUUGUUCCAAACUAUUUUUCCAAGGAUGACUGUUGAGUAAAAUGUCAGAAGAUAGAAAUAGCGUCUCCCUCUGAAGCAAAGGGCAAGUUUGAUUAAUGUUUAGCAUAAUAAAAGUCAUGUCUCCUGCUCAUUAUAAAAAACAUUUGGGUUCCUACACUCAGGGUUCCUUUCCUAUAGUACAACCCACUGCAUGUAUAGGCAGCUACUGAGGCCCACCUGCAUUGCCCCACGGUACUGGGGUCAAGGGGAAUUGACACGAACAUGCUGAUGUUCACGCAGCUUACUGUGCUAAAAGUUCUUUGUCUCUGGCCCAGGAGUCUCUUGUCUUCUGCCAGGAUCUACAAAAUUGUGGCAGGCUAAUUUGUUAGCAUACGAAUAGGGUAAAAUCUCAGACUGUUCACAGUUUUUGACAGUAAUGUGAUUUGGCAUGAUUUAUCAUGAUCACUUUGGAUGUUGUGUUAAAAGCAGAUUAUAAGGUGGGGUUCGAGCAGAAGAGGGAGACCUGUUAGGAAGUUAUUGUGAUAACCCAAGCGAGAGAUAACGAUGGCUUAGACCAGGGUCAUUUUGGAGGAGGUGGUAAGAAGUGAUCAGAUUGUGGAUAUAUUUGGAAGGUAGAAGGCUAACAGAAGGAGGCAACAGAUUGGAUAUGGGGUCAAGAAAAAAAAAGUCAAGGAUAAUGCUUAGACUUUUGGCCUCAGCAAUUAGAAAGAGUGAAUAAGAAGACUGUAAGAAGAGAAGGUUUGAAGAUGAUUAAGCAUUCAGUUUGGGACAUCAAAUCAGCAGUUGGCUGUAUGACAUUGGAGUUGAAGAGAGAGGCCCAGGCUGAAGAUAUAAAUUUGCGGGUUGUCAGAAAGUAGGUGAGAUUUAAAGCUUUGAAACUGGAAGAGAUAACCAGGGAAGUCUGCACAGAAAAGAGCACCAAAAAUUGCACUCUGGGGUGCACUAAUGUUAUGAGAGGUGGGGGAGCUGAGAAGGAACUGAACUGGGACCCCUAAGGUUUCCCAGCAAGAACAGAAUGUCUAAUGUCUAUAAUUAACAUAGAGAUUGAAGACGGAGAACUGAUUACGGGACUUAACGAUGUGGAAAGCACUGGGGACCCAGACAGGUGCUGUGUCAGUGGAGUGGUGGUGUCAAAACGAGAUUAGGGUGGUUUCAACAAAGAAUGUGGGGAAAGGAACCUGAAUCAGAAAGCACAGACAAUUCUAAGGAAUUCCUCUAAACAGGAGCAGAGCAACAGAGCUGAGAAGUAGGUCAAGAAAGAGCUGGAGAAGUAGGUCACAAAAGAGGAUUUGCGCCGAGGGUUUUGUUUUGUUUAAAUAUGAGAGGUAUUACAGUACAUGUGUAUGCUGAUGGGAAUGAGCCCUUAAGAGAAAAACUGAUACUGAAGGAGGGACAGGAAAUUUCCUGAAACAAUGUCCUUGGAGAGGAGGGUUGUAUAGGAAACUGGACAGGUUACAACAGAGAGCAGAGAGCAGCACAACAGCGACAGGUGGGUCAACAGGGCAGAGGGAGCGCUCUGGAGGUUUCUAGUUGCUUCUCUUUUUCAGAAAACAGGAAGCAAGAUCAACUAAGAGAGGCAACGGGACAGGAGGCAUUGGAAGUAUGAAGCUAGAGGAGGAGAGUAGGACAGGCUGGACAAUAAGUAAGGAAGACCAAAGGAGAACUGACGCCUUUGAAUUAUGGUGUUGGUGAAGAAUAGUCAAUAUAUCAGGGACUGCAAGAAGAACGAACAGCUCUGUCUUGGAAGAGGUACAGCCAGAAUGCUCCUUAGAAGCGAGGAAAGCAAGAUUUCAUCUCACGUGCUUUGGACAUGUUAUCAGGUGGGAUCAAUCCCUGGAGAAGGAAAUCAUGCUUGGUAAAGUAGAGGGUCAGGGAAAAAGAGGAAAACCCUCCACGAGAUGGACUGACACAGUGGCUGCAACAAUGGGCUCAAACAUAGCAAGGACUGUGAGGACAGCACAAGACUGGGCAGUGUUUCAUUCUGUUGUACACAGGGUCGUUAUGAGUCAGAACUGACUCAACAGCACCUAAAAACAACAACAGUAAAUAGAUCCAACUCACAAAUAGUUUAUUUCCAUUGAUAAUUUGAAAGCAUGCCCAAAAUUUAUCUAUGGAACAACAAAUAUGCUUUAUGUUUUCAAAGAAAAUGCUCUGAAGUGUUCAGCAGUUUUUAAAUCCAGCAUUAAUAUGUACGCACAAAAGCAAAAGUAUUCAAGCUAAACGCUGCCAUGAAGAGUACAAAUCAGGCUUAUCCUACCACAGUUCCUGACCCUAAUUAGGCAGGAGAGAGGAGCUAGAAUAACAUAGUAAACGAAAGACAAGGACAAAGAGAGAGAGAGAGAAAGAGGAGAAAAGGAGAAAAAAAAAUGAGGGAGAACUAGAGUUAACCUUCCAUCAGGGAGCCCCAGGAGUGGGGUUUCCUUCUGACCCACUCCAUUUCUGCACUCCUAGGUCACUGUCUUCACCCAUCUGGCAGAAGGUCCAAGGGACCUCGGCUCUGGGUCUCAGCCCUAGUGCAGCAGCAAGGCUAGUCACCCAGGCAGCUAAGGCAGAAUUAACAGGCUUCUAGGACAAGGUGAGUUUGAGGAGGAAGAGGAGAGGGCCAGGAACAUGGAGGCAGGCAUGCUCUCCACCCUGGCCUCCACUCUCGUGGGCUGUGCCAUUGCCAUUCCAUUUUCCUUUCUCACUGCAGACUAGGCAAGGUGACUAAAGGCGUGGUAGUCCCCUUUAAAAGGGCUCCGGGAGUGUAUCCAAGCCACAGAGCACCCUGUGCCUCUGCUACAAGCAGGGAGCUCAGUACCCCUGCAAUGUCUAGAGGCAGAAGGGUCAGCAAGGCUUCUGAGGAGAUCAGUUCCAAGGGCAGGUAGCCCCAUGAUGCGUGGAAGUCUCACGACAAGGCUUAGAGCAGGCAGUACCGAGAGAACGGCCCUGUCACCCAAUCUACUCUUUCUUCUCACACUCACUGGCCACGGCUGGUGUCUGUCGUGAGACGAAUACACCUCACCUUCAUUUUCCUCAACACCUGCAGGUGCGUCAGGGAGGCUGGGACAGGAAGUCUCUGCAUACUGUGGGAGAGCGUGCAUGUCUCUGUGGAGAAAGUGAGAAAAUGAGGACCUAAGAAUUUUUUCCUCUGUGCAAGGAAACAGUCAAAUUGUAUAAACCACAUCUGACUGAGUUUUUACAUUAGUUCUUCCCCCGAGACCAUGUGUUAUUAAGCCCAUGAAGGCAACUGUAAGAAAGGGGUCGCAGAAUAUGCAAUUCCCAAGAUCUAGCAAAGUCUAAAAACAAAAAAAAUUUCACUGAGGCAAUGUGUAGUUUCAUAUCUGCCUCUCCUCAGUUGGCAGCAAUUUUUAAUGCCUACUCACUUUCUAACCCCUAACGAAACAGUUCACAGGGGGCUUACAUUGUAUAUUAGCUGUUUCCUUCUUCACAAACUCGCCAAUUUAAUCCUGUCUUCCUGGCCUCUUACAACAUGCCAGGCACCUAAGAAACCUAGUUACAUUUCUCACUCUGAAGCUCUCUCCUUCUUGCUCACCCAACUCUUCUCCCGCAGAAAACAUCACAGUGGAAUUGUAAGCAUGUGAGGAUCUACGAGGUUCUUGCAAAAUGUUCUAAAUCACCAAUGCUCAGUUUUAUCUCAGCUCCUAGCAAAGGGCAGAUUAUUCCCAACUUUAUAAUAGCUGGUUUCUUCUUUCAGAAAUUAGGUAUUUUCUAACCUAACUCUAGCGCUGGAAAGACACGGAACGACAGCAGAGACACCUGGAAGGAUCACUCUUUCUGAGCUAUUUUAGUAAGGGCAGAUUUACUUUCUUGCAUCCUCAAAAACAAAAAGUUUUCAUUUUUCCACCCUGCAGAACCAAGUACAAAGAAAAAAACACAAUGGCUGACAGAAGAAACAGCACAUCAAGCUACUGUAAAAGUGCAACCGUCAAAACUUACAUGGGAUUGCAGAUGUUGUGAGAAAGGCUGAAGGAGAUGGGAGCUUCAGAAGGAAAAUCAUUCUGUGAAACACAGUCUCCUGCGUUAAAAACACACCAUCACAAGUUUUUACAGGUGUAAUUCUACUCUACGUAUUCUGUAUUAAAAUCCAUGGAUUAUUAAUGUCAUUAACCCGUAAUGAGGGAUUUAUUUCUCACAAUAAACUGGCAUUUGCACAAUCAGUAAUUUAAUUUUUAAAAGCCCUCUUAUAAUUUAUCUUUCCAUGGAAAACUUAAUGAAACUCAACAUUUAAAUUUACGGAUUUGGAUUAAUACUACAUUAUGGAAAGGCGCCUAUUCUGAGGGGGCCGAGGGGAGCCUGCCCUGAUGGGGGCCGUAGGGAGCCUCUCUGGGUGCUGGAAGGCAGAUCCAGACCUUAUACUGGGUACAGGAGGGAGAGCAAAAAGGCAGGGUGGUUCCAGAGCCCCUGGGCUCGUGCUCACUACUCACCGGCAGGAAGGAAGUGCUGAGGGCCCACCGCAGGCUUCUUGUCCCCGUCAGAGCUGCUGGUGCUGCUCCAGCUCCCCCAGCUGCCCCGGCUGGCGCGCACGCUCCCUGAAGAGCUGCCACAGUCUGAGCUAGAAUCUGAGCAGAACUUUUCCACACGUUUCUUCUCAGGCUUCCGGUAGUAAUCCUCUAGGGAAAGAAAGAAAGAAAAGCUGACUCCACACAGAGAAGGCACAGGUCACUUACAUAAUUUUUAACUCUACGCAUUUCUAUGCAUUUCUAACAAAAGGAAAAAAAAAAAAAAGGAGAGAGGCAAAAUUACAAAGACAAGAUCCACCUUCAGAGUCUCUGAUCUCUGCCUAUUAACAGUAGGCACUACUAGUGGGGGGUGAGCAUAUACCUACUCUGCCUAUGGGGUGGGCAAUUAAACGUGUUUAGGGUUAAGAUAAACCAAAAAACCAAACCAAACCCAUUGCCUUCAAGUCAAUUCCGACUCAUAGUUACCCUAUAGGACAGAGUAGAACUGCCCCAUAGGGUUUCCAAGGAGUGGCUGGUGGAGUCAAACUGCCGAUCUUUUCAUUAGCAGCCGUAGCUCUUAACCACUGCGCCAGCAGGGCUCUGGGGUUAAGGGUUACUAAUUAUAACCUCAUUCUAAAAAUAUUUCUGGAAAUGGCAAACACUUCUAUCAAACUAAAACUAUUCUGUGGGACUGGAGGUUUGAGGGCAAUUUUCCUGUCUGUUACUAAGAUGUUCACUGAGAGAUUCAAAACGUUUUAUGUGUGGGUGGAACCUCCAGCAAGACCAAAAAGCAACACAUGUGUCGAGGGAAUGAAAAAGAAAGGACAGAGAUAGAAACCAGUUAACUGUGUGCAUGAAUAUUGGGGAGGGGAAUGUCUGGGGAAAAUGGGUGUUGGGAGGAUCAUAACCUCCCCGCAGUCCCACAUGCACAGCCAGCUUCAGUGGUCCUUCUGCCUCCUGCUAUCCUCUGCCCUAUCCCAGACCUAGCAUUCAGUGCUCCUUUACCUCCCUCUCCCAGGGACGCUGCCCAGCAGCCCUCGGAUGGGGCAGCAUCUGGAACGACCUGGCUCAGGUGUGAGGGUGGCACUCUUCUCACCUGGCUAUUCCCCCACUCCCCUUUCACCCAGGGUCCUGUCUAGAGGAAGCAACCAUUGCUCCUGGCAGCAAUACGCAUGAGGAUCCUCGGAAAUGGCAGACUUUAGGGGAGGCAGGGGUGCUACCAGGAUCUUUUCAAUCACCUCAUAUGCAUGCAAAACUAGACAACGAAAAAAAAGAAAACAGAAGAAUUGAUGCAUUUGAAUUGUGGUAUUGGCAAAGAAUAUCGAAUAUGCUGUGGACUGCCAGAAGAAUGAAAAAUCAGUCUUAGAAGAAAUACAACCAGAAAGUUCCCUAGAAGCAAAGAUGGCAAGACUUCAGUUAGCUUAUUCUGGACACAUAAUCAGGAAAGACCAAUUGCUAGAAAAGGACAUCAUGGUUGAUAAAGCGGAGGGUUCGCGAAGAUGAGGGAGGCCCUUGAUGAGAUGGAUUGAUACAGUGGCCCAAACAGUGGACUCAAACGUGGAUCAUGAAGACAGUCCAGGACCAGGCGACAUCUCAUUCUGCUAUACGUAAGGUACAGCCACGUGUCGAUGCCAACCUGUCGACUAACAACACAGGGUGUGAUGUGAGAGCCUGCCCAGGCUCAAAAGAAUCUUAGUUUUCUGGUCUCAUCCUCACAGCUUUCCACUCGCGCUUUAGUAAGCUAAGUUGCCAGUAAAGUGGUAAUGUCAUUAAAACCCCAUUUUUCUCACACUGAAUACUUCCCUGAGGAAACAAAAACUGCAAAAGAGGCACCAUUCACAGCUCCCUGUAAUUACCUACCUGCCUCUCCCUGUGCAGCAGGUAAGCUUCCAAUUUGAGCGUCUGUUUUACAAACCUCCCCGGUGUUUUCUUGUAUACGCCAGUUUCUUAUAUCCAUGUCACUGCUCAGCUCAGACCUUCCAAAUUCACUGCACACAAGCUUUAAUUCACUCCGUUCAGAAGGCCUGGAAUAGCCACAAAGAAAACACAUCCAUAUUUCAUCAGGCAUGCAUGUAUACUUCUUCUCCAUGAGGCUUAUUAGAGGUGAGAAGAUAGAUCUGGGACAACUUGGGGGCCUCUUCUUUUUGGGUCUGGUGGGAGGAUAUGAUGAGUUAGGGAGGAUAGCAAUAAAAAAAAAAAAAAAGAUUUUGCUGUUUAAGAACUAGAAUUAACUUAGAGGUCAUUUAAUCUAUGUUCUUAUUUUACAAUCAGAUGAGCAGUGCUCCAAAAGGUUCUAUGAGUCACUCAAGGCCAACUGAUAAGUGGCAGGAGGCUCAGUACCUGAUCCUAGGACCCUUGAAUGGUUUUCUUUUCUUGUUUUUCAAUGUAAAAUAUGAUUUUCAAUAGAUAAACUUGUUCUUUGGUGUCUGGGAGAAGGUAUUCCGUAUGAAUUUAAAUUUUCUCCUUCAUUCCUUUAACAAACACUUUUUGAGUUACAAAAGGUGCAGGGGCUACAAAGAAGAAUCAAGUUCGUCCCCCAAGAAGCUGACAGUUGAAUAAUAAUACCUCUCUUCUUAGACUGAGGAGCUCUGGUGGUGUGGUGGUUAAGAGAUCAGCUGCUCACCAAAAGGUCGGCAGUCUGAAUCCACCAGCCGCUCCUCGGAAACCCCAUGGGGCAGUUCUGCUCUGUCCUACAGGGCCGCUGAGUCGGAAUUGACUGGACGGCAAGGGAUUUGACUUUGGAUUUUAUUAGACUGAACUCCUUGAGGGAAGAAUGUUAAUAAAAUUUCCUAAGUGGCAAUACAGAAAUGUGUAGAGAAUAGCUAGAUUAUUUCACACGGUCUAAUUUUAGUAUCUACUGUUAGGUUUGCCAGAUGAUUCUACCAGCUUGUGGUCAAGGUGAAAAGGGUAUACAAACAGAAAUAAAAGCCAGGUGGCCAGGCAAUCCAACACCAACAAGCCACUGGGUAAGCAGCAUCUUCUCAAAACAUUAGGAUGAGCUGCAAGCCACUUUUUUAACAACUUAAUUAUUUCUUCAGCAUGUCAGAGUCACGUCAGAAAUCUGCUUUUAAAAAUAUUCUGUGACAUUUAAUUGGUCCACUUUGUUUUUCUAUCUUUCUCUAUGCACAUAUCAGGAAAUUGUAAUACUUUAAAGUGACCUCACAGUUAAUCGCGUUUUAAUGAAAACACAUGUAGAAGAAUACAACCUGGCCUGACUUUUUUACUCAGAGCUGGGUCUAGAAUUAGAACUUGAAGAAACCUUGGAGCUGCCUAACAGGUCUCCAGUAGACAGCAUGUGAGAACUGCUGGAGCUUAUCACAAUGCUGCACCAUGGGGCCCAAGCUCAGGGCUGCCACUCAGGGGCCGAGGACACACGCUAUACACAAACACAUCUGUGCCCCCAAGGCAGGCGGUCCUUCCAACCACAUGUGAAGCUGCACCAAGGUGGAACCCUUUCCCCAUAUGAAACUGAAACUGCUAGAGAAAAAUUCAACAGAAACAAACUUAAAUACCUAGCUGAGCUCCUAAGGGAGAGAAGUCCCCAGAUGCCAGAGCUCAAAGGCAGAAUAAAGCCAGAGUGGUGAGGACAGAGGGGUUACUGGAGAAGGAAUAAGCUUUAAUGCCCAGGGGUAGAGUUUUAAGCCUGCUCAAGAGCAGCCAUGUACAGCAGUCUGGGGGCUGGAAAUGAGUAUCCUACAUAAAUGGGGGCUCUGGAAGGUGGCAAGGGGGACCUGAAAAGCCCCACCACCAGCCCAGGGCAGAAGGAGUAGGGGAAUGCAUCUCUGCUGAAGGCUCUGCACGUGGGUGCUGGGGGGGGAGUCACAAGUGUGACAUAAGAAAUUAAAACUCAGACAUGACACCACCCGGGUUGAUGUGCAGUCAGAAUGUACACGCUACUGACCUGGUCAGAAAAACCCCCAAGUGAGAAAUUUAUAUAAAAUGUGACUCAAAAGAAUCCUUUUUCAACCCUGGCACUAAGGGAUUCUCACACGAACACUGUCCAGCUCCUUCACUUUACCGAGAAGAAAAUGGAGGCUCAGAAAGAUUGUCUCAAGUCCAAAGGAGAGUGUCAACUGCCUGGGUUCCCACUGUGGCUCUGCCCCUCACAAACUCUGUGGCUCUGCCCCUCACAAACUCUGUGGCUUUAAGCAAAUCAUUACUAUCUAGGAGCCUCAAUUUCUACAGCUCUAAGAACCUACCUUCUUCAGGACUAAGCUGCGGGUUACGUACGUGGUGACUAUUACUAUUGCCCCAGACUGCCCAGACGGGUUGGGGGCCGAGCUGAGGAUAGAACGCCUGCCUGUGCCCAGGCGUUUUCCUUAGCACCUGCUCCCCCGGCCAGAGAGACCAGUUACAGACACAUCUGCACUUUACCAGCAGAAUGGAAGUCUUGGCGUGGAGUGACGCCUUAGGCUUUUUCCCUAAAGCCUUUUAUAGUUUUUAGCAUUUUACAAAGACCAAAAAAAAAAAAAAAAACCCAAAAA